AUGUCGUCAGGAACUCUUCAUAUCGUCGACUCUCGAACAAAGCGCAAGUAUGAGGUUCAGAUCGAACGAAAUGCAGUUUCUGCGAUUGACUUCAAGAAAAUCAAGGCUCCAGGAGCUGGGACUGACCGAGCAGAUCAUGUGGCUGGUGGCCUGCGCGUUCACGAUCCAGGGCUACAGAAUACCACAGUGGUGGAGUCGGCUAUAAGUUUUUCUGAUCAUGAAAGAGAUUUACUUUUCUUUCGGGGCUACACCUUAGCUCAACUAUGGGAGAGUGACUUCGAGGACAUGUUGUAUCUCCUUGUUUGGGGUACGUAUCCAACUGCGCAGCAGAAGAAAGAGUUAAGCGGAAAACUUACGGAACAAAUGCUGGUGGUUCCACAAGAGGUGCAGAGGACAAUCCAAGCUCUCCCAAGCACGACGUCUCCCUUGCCUCUCAUACUGGCUGGACUGUCGGCAUACUUGGCGUGCUUUCCAGAGACAAUUCCCGCGUCAGCCCAUGCGCACCUAUACCAAGGCAACUCGCUUAAUUCCGACUAUGCAGUUAUCCGAGCAGUAGCCGCAUAUGCUGUUACUUUUGGCCUCGUCAAUAGCCAUCGGAAAGGAAUCAGGUUUCAACUUCCAUCGCCCGAGAAUACCUACUGCGAGAAUCUAUUUACUAUGGCAGGAAUGGUCGACAGGGUUUCCGGCCGUCCAGACCCCGUUAAACUGUCGUGUUUCCGCCGUUUUGCCAUGCUCAAUGCGGACCAUGGUAUGGCCUUGACUGCCUUUUCCACAAUAGUGACAGCGUCCUCGUUAGCAGAUCCUAUCUCCUGCCUGAUUAGCGCCGUGGCAGCCGCAUACGGACCCCUCCACUUUGGUGCUACCGAGUCAGCCCAGCGUGCGCUUCUGGAAAUUGGAAGACCGGACAGGGUUCCUGACUUCAUCGAGGAAGUGAGAAACGGACACAGGAAGCUAUUCGGGUACGGACAUCGCUCAUACAAGGGCCCUGACCCUAGAGUUCGACCAAUUCAGUCGAUCCUCAAGGACCUAAACCCAUCCUCGAAUGGCCUUCUGAAAAUAGCCGAGCGAAUCGAGCAAGAGGCCACAACAGAUGACUAUUUCCGCCGAAGAAAACUGUAUCCUAAUGCCGACUUUUACGGCAACUUUGUUUUCACAGAACUUGGGUUCGAACCGGAUAUGAUUCCGGCUGCUAUGCUUACACAGCGAAUAAUGGGGAUCAUGGCACAUUGGCGGGAAUAUAUGCUAACACGCGGCAAGUUCAACAGCCAGGACGACCGAGUAGAAACAGGAGCGACAGAGAAUACUCCACUACUACCACGAUAUUCAAGCUUUACUACCAGCCAAAAAAGGAUCAUAAUUCUGACAGCAGCCAUAGGAUCCACGUUCUCUCCCCUGUCAGCAAACAUUUACUACCCAGCCCUCAAUUCAAUAGCAGACGACCUCAAUGUGACCAGCUCCCAGAUCAACCUAACUAUCACUACAUACAUGAUAUGUCAAGCCAUAGCUCCGACCCUGACAGGGUCCUUCGCAGACCAAGCCGGCCGCCGCCCGGCCUACAUUCUGUGCUUUCUGAUAUACAUAGCAAGCAACAUCGCCCUCGCCCUCCAGCACAGCUACCCUGCGCUUCUCAUCCUACGCGCAAUCCAGAGUAGCGGCAGCAGCGGUACCGUGGUCCUCGCGUCAGCCGUCGCCGCGGAUGUCAUCACUUCCGCCGAAAGAGGCACAUACAUGAGCAUCACCUCGCUAGCCAACAUCCUCGCGCCAUCCCUGGGUCCAGUCCUCGGCGGAGUCCUAAGUGAAUACCUAGGAUGGCAAUCGAUCUUCUGGUUUCUGGCCAUCUCAUCUACCAUCUUCUUCAUCCCCCUCGAGCUCUUCUUCCCAGAGACAUGUCGGACAAUCGUCGGAGACGGCUCGAUCCCUGCAUCAGGAUGGAACAGAUCCAUCUUCGAUUGGUGGAGAUCGAAAAGGACUAGGCCAACCUCAACGCCAAUCUCAACAACAACAAGCACCGAGCCACCGCCCCAAACACCCCCAUCCAGAAGGGUUAACCCCCUCUCAGCCCUCAUGCUCCUCUUCCACCUCCCAACAGGCCUCAUCCUCCUCUCUAACGGCCUAAUAUUCGCAAGCUACUACGCCAUUACAGCCGGAUUACCCUCGCAACUCAGAUCCAUCUACGGACUAAGUGACCUCGGCAUAGGACUCAGCUUCAUCCCCAUGGGCGUCGGAUCCCUUCUAAGCGCCGCAUUCAACGGGCUAGCCGUAGACUACAACUACCGCCGAAUGAGAGCAAAAUCAGGCCUCACGGUCUGCAAACAAAGACAGGACAUCGAGGACUUCAACAUCGAGAAAGCCCGAAUAGGAGUCGGCGGGCCAAUGACACUCUUGGCCCCCCUCCCGAUCCUCUUCUACGCCCUCACAACAUCAAUUAACAGCCCACCACCCUUAGCCCUAACCCUCUCACUUAUCUUCACAAUCGCCUUCACCUUAACAGCAACAUACAACAUCCUGAACAUCCUCCUCGUCGACCUCCACUACACCACUCCCGCAACCGUAAUGGCCACAAACAACCUGGUCCGGUGCUUCCUCGGCGCAGCCGCCACAGCCCUCGUACAUCCCUGUAUGCAGCGAUGGGGCGUCAAAAACAAGACAAUACUAUCGCAAAUAAUGCUCUCUAUCCUCUUCUACCUCUGCGCUCUAGUAGCAGCGCAGAUAAGCCCUCUCCCACCGAACACUCCAACCCUGUGUCUGCGAUACCCUGACACAUCGUGGGUUCGUCCUGGAGAUACGCUUCUCAAAUCGAAAACCCAAACCCUCCCCAUAAUAAGCGCCCAUGACCUAAACCCCAAAUCAACCUACCUCCUCCUCUUCAUCGACCUGGACGUUCUCUACGAAAAGAACGCAACAACUGUCCUGCACUGGUACCAACCCGACAUGGUCCCCGUCUUCAAGCCCAACACCAACACCAAGAGUAACUUACGGCACUUCGACAAGGUCAAUCAGUAUUCAAACGGAAUCCUGGCAAACCAAAGCAUCGGAGCCGAAUACAUCGCACCGCAACCCCCGCCGUACUCGCGCCACCGAUACGUGUACCUCCUCUACAACCAGCGCCCGAACUACUCGCUCCCCAAGUGCUAUUCUCACAUCUUCCCACCCACGAUCGAGGCAAGGGGAGGGUUCGAUACUCGCCAAUUUGUCGAUGUGACCGGGCUGGGCGCGCCAGUGGCCGGUAACUAUUUCUUCGUGGAGUAUGAUGGGCCCGUGAUCAAGCCGACGGUCCGCGCCGUGCGAAGGUGUAACACCCACGAGCUUGUUGGCAUGUAAGGGGGGAAGGGAAUAUGCAGGCCGGUACGUAGGACAGCAUUAAUUGUUGAAUUGGGCCCGGUCUAGAUGGGCGGCUAAAGGGGGAUGAGGGACGUCAUCUUCGUGGUACGAAUGAGGCGAUAGGGAGAAUGGUAUGCAAGGUCUUUCAUGUAGUACUUUGUCACAGUAUCACGCACUGUUCACGAAGCUGGAAUGCUGUGUUUGGCUGUAGGAAUAGGAGUAUAGAGUUUAUUCAGAGUGCUCUGCGUCAUGGCCUUUCGGCAGUUCAGAAUUCUAAAUAUCUGGAACUGCCGAUAGGCCGGGUGUGGAACAUGGGUAAUGUAACCUAGGUAGAGGCCGAACUGCAUCAUAUUGCUACCUUGGUCUUGAAACUUUGAGCCUAUUGAUACCUAAGGGCGUAUUGGAGAAGGUAGCAAUGGGGUGUUUUGGAAGCCCCAAGAGGAGCUGGUCGCCCGAUAUAUAGCUUGCAAGCCAGAAGCUUACGGCAUGCAUUAACUCACACGGCUUCUCAU